UGUACCAACACCAAAGUAGGUAAUACAGCUUCAAAACAUAACAGAAAACCGAACAUUUCUAGCUGGGUUUUUAACUACUCCCACACAAUCGGGGUGUAACCGCUCGUUGUUUUGACGCCAAACAAACACUUUUCUAUCUGCACCUAUUUCUAUUUUGGUCUCGUCACUGAAUAUCACAGUUGACCAUUGAUUUGGCAUGGUCCAUUGAAGUUUUGUCCUACAAAACCGGAGUCGUCGCUCACGAUUCACUGGUCCUAUGGUAAUUUUCUUAGAAACAGAUCUCCGUUUAAAUCCAGAGUCAAACAAUCUUCUUCUACCACUUCUGGAAGAAAGAUUUGCUACUGCACCUUGUUAUAUAUUGCUGUAAUAUCAUUUAAAGUCCCUCUUCUGUUCUCUUUAACAACACAAAUUAGAUGACGUUCACAACGUCCACACGUUUUCCGGGGCCUCCCACUUCGAGGACGAUUUUCAAUGUCACCCCUCUCACGGAAUCGCUUUAAAAAAUGCUGAACUGUUCUCCGAUUUAAACUUAACAAAUCAGCAACUUUUCUCCCGGAAAGACCACUCUGGAAUAAUUUUACGAUAUCUUCUUUUUGUACGCUUGACAAUUCGCCGCCUCUGGUAGCCAUUGACAGAGCAGACGACAAUAACACAGUGGACGGGGAAUAACUCUAGUUACGUGACCACCUGAAUACAUGACAUUAUAAUUUGUUCCGGCCUUAAUCUUAUGCAAAAGGAUGGUCUUGGAACGAAGUUACAACCGAAAACAGGGGUUAAGACCAUGGCUACCGAGGCUGGCAGCCUGACCAACACGCCUAUGCUUGAACAAGUAUUUGUCAACCCUGAUCACUCGAGCCAAGUCCUGUAUCAACUGUCAGAGCUCUGGCGUGACAAGAAACUCUGCGAUGCUACCAUAGAGGUCGGACCUGUCAAGGUCUAUGUUCACCGCCUGGUGUUGUUGGCAGCCUGUCCUUACCUGUUGACAGUGGGUGGACAACAUGAAGUAUCCAUUCUGGAGGUUAAACUGCCAAUGACAGUGGGUCUGGAGGGCCUCAACGUCUUCCUGACCUACCUGUAUGAUGGGGUUCUACACCUCACUUCUGCGAACCUUAGAUCUGUUGAAAAACUUACCAAAAUUCUCAAGGUGACAAGCAUCCAGAAAUUCUGUCAGGAAUUCCGUGACUCCAAUAAGGAAACAGGUACUGCUGAUAAACUUGCAACAGACUACAGUCUCAAAAUGACAAACUCCAGCUUACAAAUUAUAUUUUCAGAAAUCCAAAAUGAAAUGAAACGAGAAAGUACAGAACCAGAAGCAGAAACACCUAGUAAACGACCAAGAAUGAACCUUGACAAAUUAUCGGCAGCAUUACAGAAAAAGUCUAGUCAGUCAGAUUCUGUUAAGGACAAUGGUAGAGGUCAUUCAGUUAUCGGUAUGUCGUCAUCUGGACCCAGUGAGGGCCAGCAAGAUGACAGAACGUCAGAUCCUCUAAUGAUGCAGGUUAAGGAGGAGCCAGUGUCCGACUAUGAGGAUGAGGACGAUACAAGUUUUAGUGAGGAUACCAGUGAAUCUAUAGGCUACAGUGGAACAACAGACUUUGUGAGGCAGGCACCAUACGACACACGACCAUUUCCUAACGAAUCAUCUGCCACCAGUGGCAAUAAAUUAACUGUUGCCAUUCCACCUCCCCCUUCAUUACAAAAACGUCCAUCACUUAAACAUAGAUCAUUCCCUCCUAGUGCCCAGCACUUGUCACAGACUAGCGAAACAGCCUCAGAUGCACCAAGUGAGGAUGCAAACUCAGGUGAUCUAGGGGCUUCAGACGAAACUGGUGUAGAUGCAACCAAGGUGCUCAAAAACAUUGUUAAGUCUAUGCCUGAGAUGGCGAUGAAUCUGGGAACUGCGUCAGAAAUUGGGGAAGAUAACAAGCCAAGAUCUAGAGAGCAAAAUCACCCUGGAUCCUCACAAGUUGAACCAGCAAAGAGCAGACGACAAAGUGGCAGGUUUCGUAAAAGUGUGGUCUUGUAUGGUAUGUCCACGAAUCAACAAAAGAAAACUCAAAAAGGUGAUAAGUUUGAUUCUGUCAAGUCAAGAUACAAAGGUAAAAAACUUCAAAACUCCACACUUUGCAAACGAUUUUCUCGAAGACAUCCCCUAAAUGCAUCAAGCAACCAUUGGAACACAUUCCAAAGUAUAGUCAGCAUGUCCAACCAGAUUGUACAAGGUGAUGUAGAGUCGGAAUAUGCUAGUGAGGAUAGCGACAAUGGCACAAGUGAUAAACUGGCUGUUCUUGAUGAAGUUCCUAUGAGACAAUCCCACAUAAAUUGGUAUAUCUUGGAUGAUAAUCUAAGUAUGAAACUGGUGAAAUGGGUUAUCAACUCAACCAGGAUAGGCUACAAGGUGACUUACAAGGACAUCCGCUACACCUGUAAGGCAUUGUUAGAUGAAGCAGGGAAGAAAUUGGACUUCCUUAAAAAUAACUUUCCAUCUGCAGUAUGGUCUCAGAAAUUUAGACGUAGAAAUCCAGUCAUUAACAAAUGUUUGGAAAUUCAGCCAUUACAAAACAAAUGCAAAAUCUCAGCUAAACACGUUGGCCAAUGGUUCCAAGGAUUUUCAGAAUACUUGAGUGAGGAGGUCCUGAAUGACGAAAACCUCCUGACAGAUCCUUCAAGAUGGUACAUGCUGGACAUUGGGGCCCCACUUGUAGGUUGUAAGAACAAUGCAUUCUUCAGUGUCAUCAUAGGAUCUCGUACAGAAUUCUUUUCAUACAGGAAGAAGUUCAUGAAAGGCAUACCAACCAUAGUUUGUAUGUGUGCAGAUGGACAUUACCCAAAACCCAUGGUAAUACUGAGGGAUUUGAUAAAUUCCAAACAGUUCAUGACAAAACAUACUGUAUUGGGGUUGUCUCGAUGUGAUUGGUUUGAUUCAAGAUUGUUCUAUGCUUGGUUAGAAGAUACUUUCAUUCCAGAUUUGGGUAGGCGUGGAAUCAGCAGCCCAGUAGUUUUGUUGAUAGAUGGCCAUUCACACAUACUUUCCUAUCCUGUCUGCAGACUUUGCAAAGAUAAUGGCAUCAUCUUGUACUGCAUGACAAAAUGGGAAAAGUCAAAGCAACCUUGCCAUUCAGAGCUCUUCCCUCUUCUUGCUACUGAAGUAAUUGCAGGUUUACAGGAAAAAGGGAAAAAGUUGUCUAUUCACAAAUCAGAACUGCUUACAAUCUUUGACAGGGCAUGGCAUCGUACAAAGAAAAGUAAUGCAAAAAUAGCAAUGGAGACAUUCAGAGACAUGGGAAUAUUCCCAUUUGAUCCCAGGACUGGCAUGUCACGAUUUGAGAAUGCAUCUGUCAGCUUCUCACCACUUGAUAUGGAAAAUGCUGGCUUGCCCUGUCCUGAGGUUGUUAUAGAAAAUCUGGAAGCGGUUCCUGAUGCAAAUGACAAUUUGGAAUCUUCACACUCAUUUAUCAGCACAACAGAAGUGACUGACUCUAGUGCUGACAUGCCCAACCUUUGGAAUACUUCCAACAACAUCUCACCAAUGGAUACAGCCGAUGCAGGCAAGGCCUGUCCUGAGGUAGAUACUGAAAAUCUGGAAGAAGAUGUUUCUGAUGCAGAUGACAAUUGGGAAACUUCACACUCAACAAUGGACGCUACAGAAGUUGAUGACUCUUUGAAUGUAGAAACAUUAGUGUAUCCAGAUACCUUGGAAAGUAAAGCUCUUCUGCUGUCAAGCAAAGCAACACAAGACACUGGUACAGUGACUUCAUGUCUCAAUAACCCAACAAGAGGGAUGUUGGAAGCAGUUGAUGUGAGAACUUUGAAAAAGUUACCUUCUGUGGAUUUCUUACCACAAAGCAACACAGAAAUGCCUCCUGGAGUAACUUUGGAGCUCAUCAACCCUAAAAGAAUUAAACUUGAAGUCAUUCAUAAGGCUGAUGUUCAAGCAAAACAGGAUGAUCCUGCAAAACCAAAGGACCCUACAGAUUCUGAUCAAGAGCAUGACAUUGGUGAUUUUACAGAAAUAUCUGCAGACAAUCUUAAAAAACCCAACUCUCCAACAGAUUUUUCUGACAAGACAUGUUUGACUGAUGAAGACUUCGAAGAGGUUUUAACCUGGAUGGCUGACAUGGAAAGAAGAGGAUUUAUGGUUUCAAAAAGUGCAAUUUGUCUUGCUGGCAAGUUACUUUUAGAGAAAUUUAAAAGAGAAAACCCUUUUCACAAUAACUUGCCAAAGAGUUCUUGGUUCUAUGAUGCUUUUAAAUCUAAAUUUCCAGAAGUUUUCCCUUUACCCAAACCACAAACUCACUCUGUAUUCAGUAGAUGCGAAAUGCAGCAGUGGUUUGAAGACUUUGAAGUGUUCUUAGCUACAAAUUCAACAGAUGAAAAUCUGAUGAAAGACCCUUCCAGGUGGUACAUGGUUGAUGUGGCAGGCAUUCUUUACCAGGCUAAGAAAAGACAGAUAUUCAGCAGCACAAAAGAACGCCAGCUCGAGUUUAAAACAAGAUUUAAAGGUGUUGCGAUUCUGGCAUGCAUGUGUGCUGAUGGCUGCUACCCAGCUCCUAUGCAAGUGUUAGCAAACAACUUGAGCAAAAGGCAACAUAUGAUCCAGCACACUAGUCUUGGUUUCUCCCCAACCUGUUGGAUUGAUUUUGAAUUGUUUUUGUCUUGGCUUCAUGGAACAUUCAUCCCAGAUUUGAAUGCAAGAAAUGUUCAGAGACCUGUGGUUGUUUUGAUCAAUGACUUGUCGUUGUUCCUUUCCUUGCAGACAAGCUAUGACUGUGAGGAAAAUGGUAUCCUUCUGUACUGCAAGCCAAAACUGACCCUCAUGAAGCAGCCUUUCCAGAUAGAGUUCUUGCCACAUUUAGAAGCAAAGAUUCUGAAUGUCCUGAUAACAGACAAGAGAAAAUCAUUUUGCAAUUUGAGUAGUGAUGAUAUAGUGGAAGCUUUAGAUGUGGCAUGGGGUCAAAUCUCAAAUGGAGAUGAAAAAAUGGCUGUUUCUGCUUUCGAAUGGAUGGGCAUAUUUCCUCUCAACAAGGAAAACGGAUUAUCAUGGUUUGACAAACAUCUGGUUGACAAACAUCCGAUUCGAAUGGAACUACCAGCAAUGAGCAAAAACAACGUAAGGUCUGGAGGCAUCAAGUUUAAGAAAUCUACUUUCCAGAAGAAGGUCAAAUUUCCUCUUAUGCAGAAAUCAUCGUUGUUUAGGAAACGCUGCAUUCAAAAGGGAAAUCCAACCAGAAGCAAGAGCAAUAUGUCUAAAGUCAUCAACACAGAACAAGAAAACAAAAUAAUUGGUUGGGUGGAAGGUAUGGCAAAAAAAGGGAUUGCUAUUGGAAGGAAGGUGAUCAAGAUGUGUAUGAAGACAAUGUUGACAGAAACUGACGAUGUAAAUGUAUCUGUUUGGUGGAAUGAACUUCAACACCAAUGUCCAAUUUGGACAAGAUUGGUUAAUGAAAGUGAAGAAUUGGGGAUGGCUAAAUGGUUUGAAAACUUUGCCAAUUAUUUGAAUGAGAUUUUCAAAGAUGUAAUCCUUUUAACAGAUCCAAGCAGACUGUACAUACUGAAUAUGGCACAUUGCUCUGCAUACUGCAGAGAUCAAAAACUGUUCACCAAAGUGCAGAGCAACUGUGUACGUGCAUUUUCCAAUGUGAAAGCAAGAGGAAUUAAUAUUAUCACUUGCAUGUGUGCUGAUGGCCACUACCCAGACCCUAUGGUAGUGAUGAAAUGUGUAAAUGGCUACAAGCCGUCCAUGGCAGUCCAUGUUGUUCUUUGUCUGGCUAGUUUGGGUAUGAUUGAUCAUAUUGUGUUCAUGGCUUGGAUUGAGGAUGUCUUCGUCCCAGAUUUGGAUAGGAGAGGAGUUUCUAGGCCUGUUGUUUUGUUUGUAGAGAAAGUAGCAAAAUCCUUUCUUACCUAUCAAACAUGUCGUCUCUGUGAAGAAAAUGGCAUUCUGUUGUACUUUCAAGAUUUUGAUGCUUAUGUAGAAAAGCAUAUUCAUUCUGAGCUGUUUGAUCUGUUGUCCAUCAAGUGGUUUCAGGAGUUACAAGACCAUUUUGAAAAAUUUCAAAUUAUCAAGACUGUCAAUAAUCUUCAUAACAAAACAUUUCUUAAGAUAUUUGACAAGGCCUGGGGUCAAACUGUGAAGGAUAGCAAAGAGUUUGCUAUGAAAGCUUUCCGUGAGUUUGGAAUCUACCCGCUUGAUAAAGCUGCGUGUGAAUCAAAGAGGAGAACCAGUCCUAUGGUGGAUGUUUCACCAGUAACAACUGGUAACCCACUUGAUAAAGCUGCGUGUGUAUCAAAAAUGAGAGCCAGUCCCAUGGUGGAUGUUUCACCAGUAACAACUGGUAACCCACUUGAUAAAGCUGCGUGUGUAUCAAAAAUGAGAGCCAGUCCCAUGGUGGAUGUUUCACCUGUAACAACUGGUAACCCACUUGAUAAAGCUGUGUGUGUAUCAAAAAUGAGAGCCAGUCCUAUGGUGGAUGUUUCACCAGUAACAGCUGGUAACCCACUUGAUAAAGCUGCAUGUGUAUCAAAAAUGAGAGCCAGUCCUAUGGUGGAUGUUUCACCAGUAACAGCUGGUAACCCACUUGAUAAAGCUGCAUGUGUAUCAAAAAUGAGAGCCAGUCCCAUGGUGGAUGUUUCACCAGUAACAACUGGUAAAUCAAACCAUAAGGGAAAUGCUGCCUCAGUGAAUGCACGCUUUCUCAUUGAUCUAUCUAAACAUCACACUAUGCCUGAGGAAAAAACUUUGAAAUGCUUUGUUUCCCUUGAGAAUUUGGAUGAAGCAGCUGUUCAGCGUGGUUUUCGCUUGGUACCAGGGAACAGUGAGGACAGCACAAAAAAAAUAUGGAAACGCACAACAUCUUCUGAAGAAAUUCUGCCAAGGUCACAACAUUUUUUAAAAUGGACUACUGGUUGUGCAAAACCAUCCAAUUCUACAAAUACGCCAAGUUCCCUGAAAAUUAAAAGUCAAAGAAAGUUGCAAACAAAUCCAAAGCAAUGUGUCAAUGGCUCUUCUCUUAAGCUAAAACACCUGGAGGCAUCAUGCUCAGAAACUGAACAAUUUCUAAACAUGCCAACUUCCCAAGUCAACUCUUCAUUAGUACCUUUGCCUAGCACUUCUUUCCCACUGCCAGGAACAGGAGCAAUAUACACACAGGAUGUCAUUGAAAAGGCACGCGAUUAUAUGGACAAGAUAGUUAGUAGCAUGCAUGCUGGUGGUAGUUACAACAUAACUCAUAAAAUGGCAGGGAACUCAGUUAAGGACUUGAAAGAAAACAAUAUGGCAGGGAAAUCAGAUGUUAGUGAAGAAAGAGUGUCAUCCACAUCCAAUGUUCUUUCUGAAAGGGUGAAUAGACCAGGACUGAACACACCAGAUUCCAUGGACACACCACACAUGGCUUUGGACAGUAAAGAGAGUGAAAACACACAAGAUGAUAUUGUCUUGAUAGACGCUUUGGACAGUAAAGAGAGUGAAAACACACAAGAUGAUAUUGUCUUGAUAGAUGCUUUGGACAGUAAAGAGAGUGAAAAUACACAAGAUGAUAUUGUCUUGAUAGACGCUUUGGACAGUAAAGAGAGUGAAAACACACAAGAUGAUAUUGUCUUGAUAGACGCUUUGGACAGUAAAGAGAGUGAAAAUACACAAGAUGAUAUUGUCUUGAUAGACGCUUUGGACAGUAAAGAGAGUGAAAACACACAAGAUGAUAUUGUCUUGAUAGAUGCUUUGGACAGUAAAGAGAGUGAAAAUACACAAGAUGAUAUUGUCUUGAUAGACGCUUUGGACAGUAAAGAGAGUGAAAACACACAAGAUGAUAUUGUCUUGAUAGACGCUUUGGACAGUAAAGAGAGUGAAAACACACAAGAUGAUAUUGCCUUGAUAGACAACAGGAAUAUCAUUACCUAUGAUGUAAAAGGGGAUUCUGAGGAGGAGUUUGAAGAAAGGGUUAUGUAUCCUUCAAACUUCAAAACUGUUAAUGAAAAAACAGUUUCUUCCACAUCAAAAGGGUAUGUUCUCCCUGAAGAAGUUUCUUCCACAUUAAAAGGCUAUGUUCUCCCUGAAGAAGGAAGAGAACCUGUCAGGCAAAGAGAAAUAUCUCCUAUAGCAGACUAGUCAAGGAAAACUUCAUGAGAUAUCAGCGAGAGUUGGUCCAUGGAAUCUCCAAGGUAACAGAUGAGGAUGUAAAUAUAAAAUAACAAUCUGUCCCUAGGUUCAACAGUAAUUAGUAAGGAAAUUUCUCAACUUAAACUUCCAUUGGAAAGUAUUACAGAAUUAUUAAAGGAACUUUCCUUAAAAUCUGUAAUGAUUUCUUAUGGGUAAAAUUAAGUUAAGGAAUAUUGAUAAUUUUAAAACCAGUUGACAGACAUGACAGAGGUCGUAGGUAGUUCCUUUGCAUCAGAUGGAGGAGCUCAAACAAAGCAAUGAGAUGUGUGUUCUAUAUUUAGGGAGGGACAGGAAACUCAGGAUGGAAUUUUUGAAGUAAGAUAAAAAAAAAAAAAAAACUCAUAUUUUUGUGUCCAUUGACCUG